UCAAGCAGGCCAUCAUCAAAGCCCUUGGUCCCAUGAUUAGCAUCCUGCUACACAAAAAGGAGCAGCAAAAUCAGAUAUUUAAAGAGAUCUCAUGGCUCCUUGAGCAAUAUAAGGAGGAAAUUGAUGUUUUUCACGUCACCACGAGUCUGAGCCAGGUCUUGGAGGUCUCUGGUGAAUAUAAGAUCCCUCUACCUAAAGGGAAGUUUCAAGCCAUCUGCAGUGCUCUGCACAACCAGAUCUGUUCUCCAGCUAAGCAGCUCAGCAUAGAAAACCACAAAGAGCUGUUCCAUUGUGUACUUCUGCUAGCCCGUUCUUCUCCGGAUGAACUGCUAGCAUUUCUACACGAGCAGCUGGAGAUUGAGCAUGAGGCUGUUUGUGUGGCGUCUUUAGAUCUCCUGAGAGCUAUUGUUGGUGCUGACUGUAAGUAACACAGGAGCAACUGUGCCAGCUGCCCUCUUGGCCGACAUGCUGAGGGUUGAGUUGCAGACAUCCAGAGCUAAAAGCUUGAGCUACU